GGUGGAAAUUAUCAUUGGACUAAUAUAUGUCUAACUUUCAAACGCACUGCCACCGGGCGUGCACGUGCUCGAUCUUGCUACUUCAAUCCUCGGUGAAAGAUGACUAAUUCUCUGAAUACGUUUACCCAGCUGGAGGAGGCACUCAGUCUCACCUGACAACGGUACAUACAUGUCGUGGCUUGUCGUGUUUGAACUUACGUGUUCUGCGUGCGUGCCGAUUUCGGAGGUCUGGCGGAGGUAUAAAGCGUGCUCUUUCCACGCUGCAGCCUUUUUUUCUCCAUUGACGGCUGGGCGAAGCAUGAUCAAUCGAGAUACUUCUGAGAGCGGCAUGAUGGAGGUUUUCGAAUCCUCUCGACUACUUCUGCAACAAUGGGGAUGUAAACCAACUAUGUUGGUGCUUGGGAAUGGCUGUUGCGGUAGGGUCGAGGAAUCAUACGGGAGCGAAUUUGGGUUGGUGUGCAGAAUUGCCCGAAGUGGAUUCAAAUGGCGGGGGCUCGUGGAGCGAAGCUGUCGUCUUCCUCUAUGAUGCCCAGGCGGUGAUGAUGGACAUCCUGAGUUGACUGCGAAUCGAUGAUGUGGAGGAGCCAUACAAUUCUUCUCCAGUAGACUUCAGCGCUGGUUAGAAAUAAACGGCAUUUAUAGCAGCUGUUGUCGAUCUACACUUCAAGGUGAUCUCGGG